AUGACAACGCCACGACCUCCCCGCGUGUCAUCGGGAGAAGCAUCCAUUCCCAGGGGACGUCAGGCAUAUGCAGAGGGCCAGUAUAAGACGGCAAUCGAGCACUUCACCCUUGUUGCCAACGCUUGUUCCUGCAACCGCGGAGGCCGGCGUGAACGAUGCAAAUGUAAGAACUUUGAGAAGGUCGCCCAAGAUGGUGCAUCUAUCUUCAAGGAGGCCAUGCAUAAAUGCUCCUGCGAUGCGUCCAGAAAAUACAAAAAGUGCCACGAGCCUUCACACAUCCAGGCUUUGGACUAUCGCGCCGCCGUCUUUGAGAAAAUGGGCCGGCUUGAACUGGCCAAGAAGGAUGCCGCAUGGUUGCUGGAGAUAGCGCCGAGGUCACUCGAGGGCUAUCUUCGCAUGGGCAAGGUGUAUAGGCUGGAGAAGGAGCCCGAGCUCGCCUUGGCCUUUUGGAACGCCGGCAUCGAGGUUGGAGCCAAGGAGGGCCAUGGUGGUAGCGCAAAACUCAAGCAACUGUUUGAUGCUCGAGCGCCCUUGCAGAAACGAUAUGGGCGCAAGGACCCUAUGGAAUUGCCCUUAGAGAUUGUCGACAAUAUAUUCUCCCAUCUCGACUUCCGCGAGCUCUGGUACGUUUCGUCGCUGAUUGGAGUUGCGAAAUCCACUCCUAACCUCCAACAACUUCAUCUUACCAACUAUCUUCUGCGUAAUAAUCAGGAAUUCGACGAAGGCGAGUUCUGGAGCAUGUGGUCGAAACUAGAAGCCGUCGUCGUAGAACACCAAAUACUUGGCCCCAUCACCGAUCACACGAACCGCCGCAUCUUCCCGCCGUUGCGCUCGUUGCGAGCCUUUGAAUCCCGGACUCUGGCGCCAGCGAUGCAGCCCGUGCCGUUCCCUCACAGCUUGCUGAUCGACUACGGAAAUAAUCCGCCUUCAGACGACCCCAGCGCCAGUCACGACCACCUGCAGCGCUUCUGGGUCGAAGGUGUCUCCAUUACACCAGCACUACAGGCAAUUCUCGAACCAGCCAUCCAGUCCGGCUCCCUCCGCGAGCUGGCCCUCUGUUUCCCCGACCACAGGUCCCCCGACUGGGGCAGUGUCGACCAACCCGCGCAAGCGUUUCUCGAGCAGAUCCCCUGGCUUUACGGUGUCGAGAGCGUCCGGACACUGGGUCUCUUCGACUUUAAUCUCGACACCAACCUCUCCCUGCCAGACGUCGUGCAGUCCCCGGCCGGGGCCCCGCGGCGCCUGCCGGAGCGUGACCAGGCGAAGCUGCUUGUCAAAUUCAUUGAGACGUUUCCGAACCUCGAGACGCUGGUGCUGGCGUCGAGCCUUUGCGAGUCAAGGCCCAUUGCCGUCAUUACUGAGGCUGUGGCACGGCAGGGUAAGGUGAAGAAGUUUUACGUACAGGGCCUCAUGGGGGCCCUGCUGGAUCAUAUGCGGGCGUUUGGCGAGGAGAAAGGGGUGGAGAUAUUGCAUCACAGGGAGGUUUCGCCGUGGCCUGUUCCAUUGGAGGAUCGGGACAAGGCCUGA